AUGGCUUGGCGCUGCGUUGAUAAGGCCCUUACAGACUACCCUUCAGACCAGGAUAGGCUCGACCUGGAAACUAUACUUCGGAUGACUGCGCUGUUUUUGAAAGCUGUCAAGUUUAUUCACAUUGUCAGCAUGUGCCGUGGCGGCGGCAGGGACAUCACAUUCGGUUGCAUGAAGUCGCUGGAAACGACCGAAGAGCCGCUCUCUGGUAUCCUUGGAGCCCUGGAAAUUGAGCUGGCCAAUGUUGAUAUAUGGCGUACGGGUUGUAUGCUGCAGUUUCCGAGCGCUGGAGUGCUUAUAGAAGUAUCAACGAUAGAUUUACUCUUUUUAUUCACGCCAUAUCAAUUCUGGUAUCUCGGCGAGGACGAGAUUUUGACUUUCUGGAUGAUUGGGCUUGUGGAGAGAUUGCCCUCCGAAUGGGACAUUAAAUGGCAAGAAAGCAGACGGGAUGUAGCCACGAUUUGGAGCUAG